AUGUUAUAUAAUACAUCUUCUUUAUCAGAAAUAACAUGUCCUAAACCAGGAACACGAGGUCCUGAUGCACCCUUCUAUCAUUGGUUAGCACUUGGCUAUGUUUUUUUAUUUAUUCUUGCUUUAACUGCUAAUUUAUGUGUUCUUUUCAAAUUAUUUCAUUAUUCUCGACGUCGUUUUCGUGAUCAUAUACUUUUAUUAAACCUAUGUGCUGCUGAUUUAUUUGUAACUAUUGUUUAUAUUCCAAGUGAAAUUUAUGCUUAUACUGUUGGUCGUUGGCAUAAUGAUGAAAUAUGUAAAAUGAUUGCUGCACUUAAGGGUCUUGGUAUCUAUGUAUCAUCAUGUACAAUAAUUGGUAUAUCACUUGAUCGCUAUUUAUCGAUUGUACAUCCGUUGACCGUAUAUCAAUCAAAUAUACGAAAUAAGCUAUUUGUUGUUGGUUCAUGGUUAAUAUCUGCAGUAGCCUGUAUACCACAAUUAAUUAUUUUUAAGCGAUUAACAAAUGAAGAAUUAUGUCGUGAAAUGUGUGGUGAUAUACUGUCAGCCGAUCCAACAAAGCGUUUGGCUUAUAAUAUAGCUGUUGCUAUAUUUGCAUAUAUAGCACCUUUAAUAGCUAUUUUUUAUUCUUAUUUUCGUAUUUUAUAUGUUUUACAAAGACGAUGUGAUCGACGAACAUUUCGAUUUGUUAAAUGUCACAGUGUUAGCACACGUAGUAAUGAAGUAAAUCAAUCAAAUUAUCCAUUAAAUUCAAGUACAAAGAAAAGUUUUCAUCUUGAAAGAGAACGAGAAGGAACUGGAAGAUCAUCUAGAAAAUCUGUUGAACAACAAGAAAUCAAUACACAUAAUAUGAAAACAAUAACACGAGCAAAAUUAAAAACAUUAAAAUUAACUGUUAUAAUAGUUAUUUGCUUUAUUCUUUGUUGGACACCUUAUUAUUGUAUCGUGUUUUUUCUUCUUAUAACUGAUGCUCGUAUUGAUCAUGAAAAUUUACUAAAUCAAAAUACAAAUUCUACACUAACUACACCUAGAAAUAUAUCAAUUUAUGAUGAACCAUCACGUGAUGAACGUUCACUUUUAAUUGUUAUGAUGCUUGCUGUAUCAAAUUCUGUUUUAGAUCCAUUAUUAUAUGGUUGUUAUUUGGUACGACCUAUUAAAUCGAAUUGUUUACAUGAAAAAAGAACUCGAAUUGAUACAACAACAUUAAAACGUAUUCCGGCUAUAGUAGGUGCUGAUAAAGAAUCAAAAUUAACAACAAUACGAACAAACCUUAAAAAUGAUAAUAAUGUUCAACGUGAUGUGCCAGUCGAAUGUCAACUUUAA